AUUAGAGUGUCAUUUUGUAGCAGCACAGACUUAGGCCUGGGAUUCAACAUGCCACUCGAUAGACUUUCUGCCUGGCUGUAUGCUGUGGCCUGUGGGCUCCUGCUUCUCCUCCUCCACGUGCAUGGCCAGGACUCAUCCAGCCCCAUCAGGAACACACACACAGGACAGGUGAGAGGAAGCCUUGUCCAUGUGAAAGACAGUGAUGUUGGUGUCCAUACCUUCCUGGGAAUUCCCUUUGCCAAGCCUCCUGUAGGACCACUGCGCUUUGCUCCCCCUGAGCCCCCUGAGCCAUGGAGUGGUGUGAGAGAUGGGACCUCCCAGCCAGCCAUGUGUCUGCAGACUGAUGUGAUGACUAAUGAGGUCGAAAAGCUGCUGAAUCUGAACAUGCCUCCCACUUCUAUGUCCAAGGACUGCCUAUAUCUCAACAUCUACACACCAGCUCAUACCCAUGAAGGAUCUAACUUACCUAUGGUUGCCAACCUGUCUGGAUGUGAGGCCAAGGACUCAGAGGCCCUGGUACACUGCCUACGAGACAUGAGUGAAGCAGAGAUUCUGGCUAUCAACCAGGUCUUCAAUAUGAUUCCUGGAGUGGUGGAUGGGAUGUUUCUACCUAGGCACCCUCGGGAGCUGUUGGCCUCUGUGAAUUUUCAGCCUGUCCCUAGCAUCAUUGGUGUCGACAGUGAUGAGUGUGGCUGGGGAGUCCCCUUGUUGAAGGGCCUUGAUCCUGUCAUAAACAACAUAACCAGAGAUACUCUGCCAGCUAUUCUGAAGAGCACAGCAGCACAGAUGGUGAGCAAUGUUGAAUCCUAUCCUAACAGAGAGGGUUCCCGUUCCCAUGCUCCUGUCUACUUCUAUGAGUUCCAGCACCAACCAAGUUUCAUCAAGCAUGUCAGGCCAUCCCAUGUGAGGGCUGACCAUGGUGAUCAUGUUGCCUUUGUCUUUGGCUCCCAGCUUUGUGGCAUGAAAGUUGACCUCACUGAGGAGGAGAAGCUGCUGAACAGGAGGAUGAUGAAGUACUGGGCCAACUUUGCAAGACAUGGGAACCCAAACAGUGUGGGUCUACCAUACUGGCCCGAGUUGGCCCAUGAUGAGCAGUACAUGCAGCUGGACAUUCAGCCUGCUGUGGGCCAAGCCCUGAAGGCCAGAAAGCUGCAGUUCUGGACCGAGACUCUGCCCCAGAAGAUCCAGGAGAUAAAGGGGGCUCAGGUCAAGCAUGCAGAGCUUUAGUGUCCUGUAACAAUAAAGGUGUCUGGAAUGAAGGUAGAUGGGGUCAUCUUGAGGUUACAAAGUCCAUUGAUUUAUCUGUAUUUGUUUCAACACUAGCAUAAGCAUUUCUAACC